AUGGAUUCCGAACGUGAUUUGGCUACAACAUCUGCAUGCAUUGCUCAUCCGAUGAAGGAUCUUGACUAUCAGGCUAGGCUGUUGUGCGUGGUGGAUGAUAUAUGUACAGGGGAAAUAUUAGACCGUCAUUUGGGGUUUGCUACACACAAAACCCAAAAUCCAACAUUUUCGUCGUUCUCACAAAAGGAACUCAAAUACUUGGACGAACAUAAGGGACUGUACCUUGAAGCGUGUGCUCAGUCUUCUCGGUUCUCCAUUGAACGGUGCACAAUGUUUGUUGAGGAUGGUGAUGUUGGCGCAAAAGUUGUGGCCUCAAAUGAGCUAAAGAGCGGCACUGUAAUUUCAGAACUAUGUGGUAGGCUUGUGACAGUCAGGGAAUCAUUUCUCAACCCUGGGAAAAAUGAUUUUUCCGUCGUCCACAGCACAUAUAGGAAGAAAUCACAGUUGUGGUUAGGGCCCGCUGCAUACGCAAAUCACGAUUGCGAAAGCAAUUGUGAUAUAUACUUGUUGAGAAGCGGUAUGGCGUGCCUUCGCACUAACAGAACAAUUCGUGUCGGCGAGGAGAUCACCACAUACUAUGGGCGUGACUAUUUUGGUGAAAAUAAUGUACAAUGCCUUUGCUGCACUUGUAAGGACAAAGGUAAAGGUGCUUUUGCAAACACCGGACCAGUAACAAACACCGAACAAGUAGAAGAAGAAUCACGUCUGAUGCAAUGCGCUCAUUGUCCGGCGAGAUUCAGGUUUAAGUCGUGGUUGCUACGUCACUUGUCCAGACACUUGUACAUGGACAAGUUUUCAUGUGGGGAAUGCGGUGCAUGCUUCUCCAGGAAAUAUGCACUGAAAAGGCAUAGCCUGCAAGUGCAUGGUGUCGUGCAAAGUAAAGUGCAGUGCACAUUUUGUCCCAAAAAGUUUGUAAGAAAGGAAGAUGCCUUAAGACACCAAAACACAAUACACCACGAGUCGACGUCGCUUCACAAGUGUCCGGACUGUGAGGCAACAUACAAGGCCAAGCAAGACAUGUUGUAUCACCAUAAUAGGAGACACUCAGGUCUCAAACCAUUUGCUUGUGCAAAUUGCGAUUCGACAUUUCAUGCGCCAAACGCUCUAUAUAGACACAAGAAAGAUCGACAUUAG